GCGGCGCGCCGGGCUCACUGCAGCCGAGCCCCGCAGCGCGCGCGAUGCCUCGAUUCACCGUCCACAUCCGAGACGAGUGGCUGGCGGUGCCCUGCCGGGACGCCUCCUAUCCCAUCCGGUGGCUCGGGGAGCAGGCGCUCAAACGCUACGUGAAGAACAAGCCCGACAAUGGCGGCAUCGAGGCCGUGGAGGAGACGCGGUUCGUGGUGCGCCGGUGUCAGGGUUUGGGUUUGCUGGACGUGGACGACACCAUAGAGGAUGUACUGGAGGACAAUGACUUCGUGGAGCUUGCUAUUGAAGGGGACACCAUGUCUCCUGAUUUCAUCCCGUGUGAGCCUGGAGUCUCUCACCUCACAGCAGCAUACAAAGAACCUGGACAAAUUCUUUUCAUGGAUGGAAACAACUUGACUUCUGCAGAUCUGGUAAACUUAGGGAAAGGGGUCUACAAGAUCAAGCUGACCCCGGAGGCUGAGAGGAAAGUUGUGCAAUCCAGGGAGCUUCUGGACACCAUUGUCAAAGAAAACAAAGUUGUCUAUGGAAUCACUACAGGCUUUGGGAAGUUUGCCCGAACGGUCAUUCCUGUCAGCAAGCUUAAAGAGCUCCAGGAGAACCUGGUGCGGUCACACUCAGCGGGUGUGGGAAACCCGCUCAGCCCUGAGAGGACUCGUAUGCUGCUCGCUCUGAGGAUCAAUGUUCUGGCCAAAGGGCACAGCGGUGUUUCUCUGGAAACUCUGCAUGCCAUGAUCGAGGCUUUCAACGCGUCUUGCCUGUCAUUCGUCCCCGAGAAGGGAACGGUGGGUGCCAGUGGAGACCUGGCCCCUCUCUCUCACCUGGCUCUGGGACUGAUGGGGGAGGGCAAGAUGUGGUCUCCUAAGAGCGGCUGGGCCGACGCCAAAUACGUCCUGGAGGCCCAUGGACUGAAGCCAAUAGUUCUGAAGCCUAAAGAGGGUCUUGCUCUGAUCAAUGGAACCCAGAUGAUCACCUCUCUGGGUGCAGAGGCCGUGGAGCGAGCCCUGGCCAUCGCUCAGCAGGCAGACAUCAUCGCCGCUCUCACCCUGGACCUGCUGAAGGGAACCACCAAGGCCUUUGACAGCGACAUCCAUGCGCUGCGACCCCACGCAGGACAGGUGGAGGUGGCCCUUCGUUUCCGGUCUCUGCUGGAUUCCGAUCACCACCCGUCCCAGAUUGCAGAGAGCCACAGGUUCUGUGACAGAGUGCAGGAUGCCUACACUUUGCGGUGCUGUCCUCAGGUUCAUGGGAUUGCCAACGACACGAUCAAAUUUGUGCAGAACAUCAUCAAUACAGAAAUCAAUAGUGCCACUGAUAACCCCAUGGUUUUUGCAGAAAGAGGUGAGACGAUUUCCGGCGGGAAUUUUCAUGGCGAGUACCCGGCGAAGGCUCUGGACUUUUUAGCCAUUGCAGUCCACGAGCUGGCCUCUAUCAGCGAAAGGAGGAUUGAGAGACUGUGCAACCCCGCCCUGAGCGAGCUGCCUGCCUUCCUCGUCAACGAGGGGGGGCUCAACUCGGGAUUCAUGAUCGCUCACUGUACUGCUGCAGCUUUAGUUUCAGAAAAUAAAGUUUUGUGUCACCCGUCGUCUGUGGACUCCUUGUCCACCAGCGCCGCCACAGAGGACCACGUGUCUAUGGGGGGCUGGGCAGCCAGGAAGGCCUUGAGGGUCAUAGAGCACGUGGAGCAAGUGCUGGCCAUAGAGCUGCUGGCCGCCUGUCAGGGUAUCGAGUUCCUCCGCCCACUGCGCACCACCACUCCAUUGGAGAAGGUCUAUGAACUCGUGCGCAGCGUGGUCAGACCGUGGAUCAAAGACAGAUUCAUGUCUCCGGAUAUUGAAGCUGUCCACCGUCUCCUGCUUGACAAGAAGGUGUGGAGCGUAGCCAAACCUUACAUUGACAAGUAUCAGACGGAGUACAUACCCGAGUCUCGCCCCGUCUCCCCCACCGCCUUUUCCCUGGACCCGCCUGCAUCGCCCAGGAAGCGCCUCCGUCACGAAUGAAAACCGAAACUACGUUUUUUUUAUUUGUUUUCUUAACCAAAAUUAUGUGUCGCUGCGUGGAAAUGGGCUGAAAUGGUUAAAAAUGAAAGACUGAGCAGAGGUUAGAAUGACCGGUGGUAAGUUUAAUUUUUGAAAGAAACUUAGGAACUGGCUGUCCUGCAGAUGAUUGUUUGUGGUGAAUCGACAGUAAACAUUAUGUGUGUGUACUUUACCCUGUGAGUUAGUGUUGUAUUUAUCUUAACACCUGCUGUCCUCUUCAGGAUGCGCCUAAUUUAGUUGUUAUUGCCUUUGACUACCUCAGCCACGCACCAUUUUCAUAUCAAAUCUGUAGCACAAACACAAAGAGUCAUGCUUCGUUUAUGAGUAACU